UGUGCGCUCAUCGAUCUUCUCCAGCCCGCAUUGUUUGGAUUGAAAAUGGCAGUGGACGACGACUUUGACAUCCCAGAUACUGGGGCUGUGUUUACUUUUGGCAAGAGUAGGUUUGCUGAUAAUGCGCCAUCAAAAUUUUGGAUAAAAAAUGAUAUGAUCAUCGAACUGGCAUGUGGAGAUGAACACACUGCAGUUAUUACAGAAAGUGGGCGUGUAUUUAUGAUUGGUAGUAAUGGCAUGGGUCAACUGGGUCUCGGCUCUACAAAACCUGUUAAUAAACCAUCUUGUGUAAAGUCUCUUAAACCAGAGAAAGCAUUGCACAUAGCUUGUGGAAGAUCACACACCAUAGUUUCAUGUGCAUCUGGAGCAGUGUAUCUCUGGGGCCAUAAUGGGGAUGGUCAACUAGGAACAGGUGAUAAGGAGGACCACACUUUCCCAGUUAAGGUACUGGACCUGGAGGCUCCUGCUGUAGCUGUGGCUGCUGGCUGCUUUCACUCACUUGUCCUAACAGAAAGUGGAGAGUUGUACAUCUGGGGCAGCAAUAGUGAAGGCCAGCUUGGACUUGAUGUCGAUGAGCAACUGACGCCUGCAUUACUAACACUCCCAGACCCUUUGAUUACCAUUUCUUGUGGAUACUACCACACUGUGGCUGUUUCUGCAUCAGGACAAGCCUAUACCUGGGGUGAGAAUGAACACGGAAAGCUUGGGUUGCCAGAAAGUCAGCUGCCCUUUCAUCGCCAACCUCAAGUAGUUUCAAUCCCAGAGAAGAUUACUCAAGUUGCUGCCGGUAGUGCACACACACUCUUCUUGUCAGAGGGUGGAACAGUGUAUUCAUGCGGGUCAGGCAGUAGUGGAGAGCUUGGGCAAGGUGGAGGGGAACUGCAGUGCUGGCAGCCACAAGAAGUCGUUGAGACGAACACUGGUGCUAUUGUGGCUAUUUCUGCUGGUGAUAAUCACUCAUCUGCCAUUACAGAUGAUGGGUACCUGCUGACUUGGGGGUGUGGACGCCAUGGCAAGCUGUGUCAGGGAGAGGAAAACUUUUCCUCGCAGUUCAUUCCAGUGACUGUCCGUCGUUUACGUCACAUCACUGUUGUUUUGGUUGGCUGUGGAGGCUGCCACACAAUGGUUCUGGGUUAUAGGCGCUCCAAUGAGGAAGAGUCCGCUGGGGAGGAGAACAGUUACCCAGUCCAUCAUUCUAUCAGUAGUAUGGCUCGGGCACGACGCAGAGUCACAGAUGUCCAGCCUGGUCCUAUUCCUACAGUAUUGGAUUCAAAAGGUGUUCUACCUCCAUUAAAAUCUGUUGGGUUACCACCAAUCAAACACACAGUGCUCCCGACAGUACCUGAUACUGAAGGUCCAGCACAGCUAGCUGAGGAAUCUCAAGCUGUUAAUGAUCCAAACUCAUGUGUAACUGACGACAACCAGGAGACUGUGGAGAAUGGAGUCAGCACAGAUGAGAGUGGUGUGUUGGAUGUUGAGAGUGAGGAGGAAGAGGAACACAGCCAGGAAAGUAAAGAGAAACUUCCUCCACCAGAAAAAAAAGGUGGUCGUUUUGCCCGGUUCUUUGGUGGUCUUGGACGGAAGAAAUCAUCAUCUGCCAUUAAGAGUAUUUUAGUUGUGGCCGAGGACUCGACUGAUGGUGUUGAAGUUGCCACUACAGAAGUACCAAACAAUGAUCACCCACUUGAGGAGGAUGCUCAAUUAGAAUCUAUUGGAGACCUAAAUAAUGAGGAAUCUGGGGAAGUAAUAAGAGAUGUGAUGGAGGCUUUUACAGCUUCAUCUGAGGAAUCUGCGACUAAUCCCUCAAGAGGAACAACCCCUGGCCAUAAACAGUCCAAGACGUGUAUCAUCUUGUAGAAGUGCCUGAGAUAUGGACUUGAAGCUCAACAAGGUUUACAACCAGUUAAGCACUGUACGUCGUAAAUCUGGUAGCGUUUGGGUAUUUAUUUUUAUUGUGUAGAAAUUUCAAUAAACUGAGCCAGAAGUGUAUCAGUUUGAUGCUGGUAAGUAUUUGCAUCACCAGGUACAGUUUUACCAGGUGGUUACAAACCAUUAGAAGUCAAUAAAAUAUAGAUUUUGACAUACAUGUCCCAAUAAAAAAAUUAUAUAAUUAGUAUGUAAAGCUAUUGUGUACCUCUGCUCAUUUCUCUCUCAAUACUCAAACAAGGUUAAGGCACAGAAGUCUCACAUGUAGGAUCACUGUUGAUAAUCUUUUUGUCUGUCCCUGAGUGUUAUCAAUGCCAUUUGCUAUGGUGGUAUGAAAUAUUGUCUUCCACUUGCAUCUCUUAUGUAUCUCUCACUUUGAGAUACUGUACUAAUACAAUUUAGUUUCCCAGCCUUGUGUUUGUCUAGUUUUGUUGAAUUUGGUCCCUUAUAUAGCUUAAACCUUUGUAGGCAUAUUGUUGAUCUUUAAGACCAUUUCCCUUUUUUUUCACACUUCUGUGUGACACAACCACUUCUAUAAUUUUAGAAAUAACACAGUACAAUACAGGGUGUCCCAAAAAAAUGUGCUCACUCUUUGACUGCCCAUUACUCUUAUAUUUUUUGUUUUUGUUUCAGGUGCGACUAACCCUAAAUAAUGUUAUUUUCUUUAAUUUAACUCAUUAGACUUGUAUCUAUGUCAAUAAACACCUAAAUCAAAACAAAAAAUAUAUGAGUAAUGGGCAGUCAAAGAGUGAGCACAUUUUUUUGGGACACCCUGUAUUUAGAUUGGUGUGACUUUAGCCCACAUGUGAUCCGAGCUGGAAUCUUCAGUGGAACACUAAGACAUACAGUAAUGGAAUUCAGAACUGGGUUUUUGAAGAAAAAAUAAAACCCAAGUCUUAAAAUUAUAUUAUAAUAACAAUUAACCUAACCUCAAUUGAAACAAGAGUAGGUAAUAAGUUUGAGAUUAAAGUACUUUACUUUAAAUGGUGUAUUCUGAUACUUCUGUUCACACUUAGGUAAUGAUUAGUGAGCUUAAGGGUAGGUAAAAUUGUUGACUCCAUUCAUUGUAUACAUAGAGAGCAGUCAGGUUUGUGUAACUUUAAAGCAUAUAAUAUUUUCCCAUUAUGUUUUAUGGCAUGUUAUUUCCUUAACAAACUGAAUUGACAUUUAAGAAUAAAUCAUUUGAAUCUCAGUCAGCAUAUAACAAGAAUGUAAGUUGACUUAAAGAAAAUUUAGGCUUCCAUGUAUAAUAUGAAAAAACAGCAUCAAAACGUUGAGUAUAGUAGUGACAUACAUUUAUUGCUGUGAUAUCAAGUGCAUUUUGUUAUUUGUCCCAAACAUUCAAGGCAAUGAUGUGUAUUAAUCUAUUUUUCAUACUACAAAGAAAUGAAGCUUUAAGCCCUUCACUACAGGGAUGCUGCUCUUAAUAUUUUAUUUGGCCAACAGUAGACUUAUUCAGCAGAGAGGGGACCUUGUACACAAGUGGUUAAACAGACUAUUAAACAUUUAUAGUUGUUUUAAACACAUGCACAAUUCCCAACAAAUUUAUAAUAGUACUGUACAGCCAUGAAGAUAACUUAAUUACCAGGGGUUUAAGGAGUAUAAUACAGUAUAAAAUAUGAUCCCUUAUGUACAAUAUUGGUAAAGUUUGUUUCGUAGCACAACCCAUACUGUUCGGUAGUUAUAAAGUACAGGCCACUAACACAAGCAGAGAUGUAUUUUCUGGGAGGGAUAUUGACUGAAGGUAGGCAGAAUGAGGAUAUGGAUGGGAGAUUAUGUAGUUUAUGGUAGAAUGGCCAUGGUAGGAGAAUGAUUAACACAGUAUGAGCCAUGUGACUGGGAGUAGAUCUGGGGAAACGAUGUACAGUUGGUAAGACAGAUUGAGUGAUUGUGUAUGCAGAAGAUUUUAAAUUUAGACACAGAGAAUGGGUGAAUGAAAUUAUUAUUAUUAUUAUAUACAGAUGGACAUACAAUAGAGUUAAGUUAUAGUUCUCAUUACAUGGUCACAUACUCUUCUGAGAAUGUUGGUAAUUAAAUGUACUGACCAUGAUUAGAUCCUUGAACAUCAUAAAAAAAAUGUUGCUACACUAUAGCUUAGUAAACACCAGACUCUACAGCAUAUUGGUAAAAUUGUAGUGCUGUAUUUCUAAGUUAAAUGAACAUCUGUUGAAGUUGUACUAAUAAUGGCCUUGUGUUAUCCUAGUCAUUCAUAACUCUCAUGUUGAAUAAUCACUUGUUCUAGUACAGUACAUUAUUUAAUUAGUUUAAGCAAGACUGUAGUUGUUGGUUAUUUUAAUAAUCAUUGAUGAAG